AUGGGCCAAAAGAUCUCUAGCAGCAUUAAAUCGGUAGAUGUACGCGGGGAAAGCGGCGGCUCCCCAUCCUACCGGCCCUCAGCUCACCGACGGCAGCACCCGGAGUUGAGGGGACCAGAUUUCUCCAAGCCUCCAAGAAUUGAUCUUUUACUGGACAUGCCAUGUGCCGGACAGGAGACCCAGCUCCGCCACGCGUGGAACCCUGACGACCGCUCCCUUAACAUUUUCAUCAAAGACGAGGAUAAGAUGACGUUCCACCGCCAUCCGGUUGCUCAAAGCACGGACUGCAUCCGAGGGCGGGUCGGAUACACGAGGGGUCUCCAUGUUUGGAGGAUUCACUGGCCCUCCCGGCAGCGUGGCACCCACGCCGUGGUCGGGGUGGCAACUUCUGAAGCUCCUUUACAUUCUGUAGGGUACACAGCGUUGGUGGGGUCAGACUGUGAGUCCUGGGGCUGGGAUCUGGGACGCAACCGGCUCUACCAUGACAGUAAGAACCGGGCCCACAGCUCGCUGCCCUCUUACCCUUGUUUCCUGGAGCCAGAGGAGUCGUUCACCCUCCCGGACUCUUUACUAGUGAUUCUGGACAUGGACGAAGGCACACUGAGCUUCAUGGUAGAUGGACAGUAUCUAGGAGUGGCAUUCAGAGGGCUGAAGGGCAAGAAGCUAUAUCCCAUCGUCAGCGCUGUGUGGGGACAUUGUGAGAUAUCUAUGAAGUACAUCAACGGCCUGGAUCCCGAGCCUCUGCCUCUGAUGGACCUGUGUCGGCGCGCGGCCCGCCUGGCACUGGGUCGGGAGCGGCUCCAGGAGAUUGAGAGCCUCCCUCUGCCCCAGUCUCUCAAAAAUUACCUCCAAUACCAGUGACUAACACCAGCAGGGUCAACUGCAAGUGUAAGGACACAAACCAGACCACCAGAGAGUCUAAAGAUGAAGGGAUGAGAGAAAUUGAUUAAAGAAAGAUGAUGGGCGAUUGAUGACAAAACAAGCAGGAAUGUCCAUACCGAGGGUGCCACAGCUCUAGAAAAGAUGGAUUUAUGAAAAGGAAGACUUGAAAGAUGGUGGAUGAACUGACAGACGAGGUCCAGGCUUUCAAACUAAGGAUAGGAAAGCAUCUUUUGGAUUUCUAGCUGCUUUUUCAUUCAUUUCGGACUUGAAAUAAAUUAUUGAUGAUGGUAUCCCAUCAGUCUCUCUCAUCCAGAAAGAAAACCCAUUCUCCUGGCUGCACAGUG